AUGUAUAAUUGCGUGCAAUACAGUGUUUAUGUCUGAGAAUAUCUAGAGCAUUGAUUGUAAUAAUUAAAAAAUAGAAAAAAAAUUUUUUUGACGUUUUUAUAAAAUAGUAAAAAAGUAAAUUAAUAAUUUUUAAAAAUGGAUAAAAAUUAUUCACUUGAAAAAGUUAUUGUUAAAGUUGAAAAAGAUGAAGAGGAUUUUCAAGAGGAUCAAUCAGUUUUUAAUUGUGAAGAACAUAAUUUAGGUCAAGAUUAUCCUGUUGAUGUUGAGGAUAUUAAAAUAGAAGAACCUGGUAUUAAACACGAAAAUGAAGAGAAUCCUCAGUAUAAUCCGUUGUUAAUUCGAAAAAAUUUCCAACCACCUAUGGUAACUAUUAAAACACGUGAAAUAAAUUUCGAAACAGUUUACGUUGAAGAUACAAAUCCUAUUUUUGAUAAAGAUAAUUUCCAAGAAGAACUAAAAAAAUCAAAAGUCCAAAUAAAAAGAUCCAAAAAAUACGAGUGUGAUUAUUGCAAGCAUAAAUUUUCUCAUAAAAACGCUCUACUUGUUCACAUCAACAAACAUAUGACCACAAAAUACAGAUGUGAGAUCUGUUCAAAAAGUUACAUCUCAAAAGAGGGCCUGUCUCUUCACACAGCUCGGCAUACAGGCGACAUGCCCUACGAGUGUGAAAUUUGUGCUUCUAAAUUCGGGGUCAAAUUUACUUACGACAAUCACAUGCGAAUCCACAACGGCGAAAAGCCCUUCGCUUGUAACGUUUGUUCCUCGAAGUUCCGCGAAAAAAGCCAGCUGACCGUCCACCAGCGGAUUCACUCAGGUGACAAGCCCUACACUUGUAACUUUUGCUCAGCGAAGUUUCGUCACAGUGGGAACUUGAAGGCUCACAUUAGAACUCACACCAACGAGCGGCCUUUCAGUUGCGAGAAAUGCUCCGCAAAAUUCCGGGAUCCUUCGACCCUAAGGAGGCACAAGCAAAUUCACAGUGGAGAAAAAAGAGAAAAACGGUAUUCUUGUGAAAUUUGCUCCUGCAAACUUAGAGAUAGUUACAAUUUGAAAAUUCACAUACGCAGACAUACUGGAGAGCGGCCUUUUGCUUGUCAAAUUUGCUUCUUGAAAUUCAUCGAAAAGCGCUCGUUGAACAAACAUAUGAAAAUUCAUCAAAAGAAAAUUAAGGAAGAAAAAUUGUUUAUAAUGGAACCAAAUGAAAUAGGAGAUGUUAACAUGGAGAUAACACCAAACGAAGAAGAAAAGGAAUUUGGCGAGCCAGCGUGUAAGAAGCGAAAGUUAUCCGAGUGUCCGUUUAAAAAUAAUUUACAAAAGAAGAAUAAUGAUAGACAAAAACAAGAACAAGAAAAUGAAAAAUUGUCAAGCUCGGAAAUUGAGGAAACUUUUAAUGAUGAUUUAAGACAGUUUGAUGUUCUUGAUGAUCUUGAUCAUCACUCGGAUCAAGAUGACUCGGGAAGUGAUUCUGACAGUAUUUACAGUGUUGAUUCUGAUAUUCCUGAUGAGGAAGUUCAUGCCAUGUUAGAAGAAGGUCUGUCGGAAAAAUUAAAAAAUAAGCGAAAAAAUCUAGAUGAUUGUAUGCCUUAUGAAGAAAAAGAGAAGCUAGUUUUACAAGAAAUCGGGCAUAAUCACUUUGACGCCUUGCCUGAGGGCUGGGUCCAGGUUACACAUAACAGCGGAAUGCCUCUGUACCUACACAAGCAGUCCAGAGUGUGUACCCUGGCGAAGCCUUACUUCCUGGGCCCAGGAAGUGUUCGCAAGCAUGAAGUCCCGGUUAGCGCAGUUCCUUGUUUGCAGUACAGACGCGCGCUCGAGGAGGAGAAUGAAGAAAAGAGAAAAGAAACUGAACGCGAGUCAAGCGGAAUUGGAGCCUCCAAUCUGCCCAGUGCUAGAAUUGAGACGAUUCAAGAAAAUUUGGCCAACCAUUCGCUUGACAGUGAGCGGUUGAGGAAUUACUGUCAGAAGAUUUUUAGAUUUAAAAAAAUCAAGGUCAUGAGAUUCCAAUCAUGGUCAGCACGCCGCAAAUUUACUAAGAACAAGAAGAACCGUAAGCAACUGGAGCGUCCAACCUUGCCUGGAGGAACUAAAUUGAUAACAUUCCCUAUCGGAACUGGCACCGGAUCCGGAAGCGGAAGUUCUGGAGCUGGAGAUGACAGCUCCAACCAACGACCACCCAAGCACUGGAUAAUGAACCCUUCGGGCAAGAGUUUCGUCUGUAUUUUGCACGAAUACGUCCAGCAUGCUUUAAAAAAACAACCAACUUAUAAAUUCAAGGAAUUAGAAAACGCAGCUACGCCCUACUCCGCAAUUGUCUGUAUCAAUGACAUGGAGUACGGAGUUGGGUUUGGCAGCAGCAAGAAGCAAGCCAAGGCCGAUGCAGCGCGCAAAACCUUGGAAAUUUUGAUCCCUCAAAUGCGCGACAAAAUUUUGGGAGAAAUGGCCACGGACAGCUCGACUAAUGCUGAGAGAAUUAAAGCCUCGCGGGGUGAUACUGAUGCUGACUUGUCGUUCUUUGAUGACAUUUCUAUUACUGAUCCUCGAGUGGCUGAAUUUUGUGCCAAGACUACUGAACCCUCGCCUCAUGCUAUUUUAGUUACUUGCUUACAGAGGAAUUUUGGGCUUGGUGAUGUUCAAAUUAAUUACUCGGUUAAUACGUUAAAGCAUCAGCAAAAUGAAUUUACUAUGCGAGUUGGUAAACAUGAAGCUAAAGUUGUUUGCAGAAAUAAAAAAGAAGGCAAGCAACAAGCGGCCCAGGCGAUUUUAAAACUCCUCCAUCCAAGUAUUCCCAGUUGGGGAUCUCUGCUCCGUUUGUACGGAUCGCGCAGCGUCAAGUCUUUCAAGGAGAAAAAACAACAGGAGCAAGAGAUUACUUUGCUCCAAGGAAAGGCUGCUGUUAACCAGCCAAAUCAUGCUAUUCUGAACAAACUUCGCCAUGAAAUGAAAAAAUUAUCCGAGCAACGACAAGCUGUUCAACCAAUCGGUAAAUUUAUAUCCUCAGACCUUCCGAGCGGGUCUGCUGCCAAUUUAAACAACUCUUUUGAGGAAAUAUUUUUAAAGACUGAAAAUCAGGAUUGUCAAAUCAAAGAAGAAGAUCAAUUAGACACCUGUCAAGAUUACCCCAUAGACAUUGAAGAAGUUAAAAUAGAAUCAAAUGUAUCUCCAAAAAACUUUAACGAGAACAGACCAUUUACAUGUGACAGCUGUUCAAUGAGAUUCCUAACAAAAGGCCACCUAAAACGUCACAUGCAAGUGCACACGGAUGAAAAACAAUUCACCUGCGACGCGUGUUCCAAGCAGUUCCGCCAAAAAUGUAACCUAAAAUUGCACAUGCAAAAGCACUCGAAAGAAAAGCCUUACAAGUGCAAAGUAUGUUCGGCAAAGUUCGGGUACCGUCGGUCGUACGAGUACCACAUGUUAGUGCACAAGGACGUAAGACCUUACGAGUGUGAGUUCUGCGGCUCAACCUUCCGCACGAGGACUCUGCUGAACAACCACGUGCUGAUCCACAAAGGAGAGAAGCCAUUUGCUUGUAAAGUCUGUUCCAUGAAGUACCGGAACAAGUAUUACCUAAAAAUACACAUGCGCGUGCACACCGGCGAGCGGCCUUACCAGUGCGACAUCUGUCCGGCAAAGUUCGCCAUUUUGAGCAACCUUUCGCGGCACAUGCGCGUUCACACCGGCGAGAAGCCCUUCGGCUGCGACCUUUGUUCCGCGAGGUUCGGCCAGAAGGUGGCGCUCCAGGAACAUCAGCUGAUCCAUGAAGACCAAAAGCCGUUCGAGUGCGACCUUUGCACCGCUAAAUUCCGUGUAAAAAGAGGCUUAAAAAUCCACAUGCGCACUCAUAAAAAAAAACCAUUUAUUUGUCAAGUUUGUUCCCAAAAAUUCCGCGAUAAAGCUUCCCUGGAACAGCACGUUUAUUUGCGCCACAACACUGUUCUUUAUAAAUGUAAUGUUUGCAAUCAGUUGUUCAGAGAUAUUUUAGAACUGAACACACACUUGUUGGUUCAUCGUCCUGAACCACUUUUUGUAUGUGAUACUUGUUCCGCGCAGUUUUGUUCCAAGGAACAGCUGAGCAAGCACCAGGCUAUGCAUUUAGUGGAAAAAGCGUAUAUUUGUAGGGUUUGUUCGGCUACUUACCGGAUUAAGAGCGAGUUUUUGAAGCACGUGAUGAACCAUCAGGAAAUUGAUUUAAGUUCUCAGUCCGCGGCUGUUAAGGUUCUUAGCAAGAGACAUUUUUAUGUCUACAAUCAGAUCAAUGUUCAAAGUAAGGCUGAGUCUGAGUCGGAUGAUGGUGAAGGGUUCGAUGGAGAUGAAGAUAAAGAUCCUUUGGAGGUUACUCAGCAGAUAGAGGCUAAAAGUGUUAUUUGGGUUAAGAAAGAUUUAAUGGCUAAAUAAAGUUAUUUUGUUAUU